AUGUCACCAACCAAAAACAAAUCAACAAAAACUAGCUUGGCAAAGAAAAGGAUCCAAAUGGAGGAGACCGAAUUGCAACAAGCUAUAGUCGACAACUGCUUGCCACGCUACCCUGAGAAUGAGCCCCCUAAGCCGGUCCAAGUCGAUGUGGUGGCAAAUCUAGUUAAAGGAAGACAUACUUUUGUUAUGGCCAGAACCGGUUGCUGGAAAUCUCGUAUCUCGGAGAUGUACUACAAUCUAUUCGCCAAAACAAAAAAGGCUGUUAUCCUUGUUUUGAAUCCGCUCAAUGUCUUGGGAGACAAUCAAGUCAAAGAGAAGGUUGCCCAGAAGUACACAUCUGUCAACCUGAAAAAUCAAAACUUCACACCAGAAGUUGCCGCCGAUAUACAGAAAGGGACAUACAAUUUUGUCUACCUAAGUCCUGAGGUCUUCUUGAACAAUCAAAUGUUCUUCGAAAUCUAUCACAACCCAACCUUCCAAGAUGGCCUUGCGUUGAUUGUUGUUGACGAAGCACACAUGCUGUACAGCUGGGGUCUUGUCGCAAACAAGGAAGCAAAAAAGUCGUCUGCACACAAGCGACAUCAAGAUCGAGCCGUAUUUCGGCCGUCAUACGGGGACCUGGGCCGUCAGAUGAUGGCUACGGAGAAUAAACCUGUCCUACUCCUUUUGGCAACCUGUCGACCAAUAGCUAUCACUGAAAUCCUCAAGAGCCUCAAAAUUCCAGAGGACAACAUCCAUUUCUCCCAUGCUGAACUUACCCGGCCUGAGCUUCAAAUCCUUCAAUUCCCAAUGGAAUCUUCCCUCAAAUCAGCAAGUGAUCUAAUGAACAUGUUUGGAAAUAAGAAAGAAGUUAACAGUGAAGAUAUUGUACCAACAUUAAUUUACUCGGGUACAAGAAAUGCGACAUUCCAAGUUAUGAAAGUCGUGAACAGUGCUCAUGGGACAGCUGGUGAAGAGUAUAACCCAGACAGCGCAUUAAUUCGAAGAUAUCAUGCUGGUACUGGUGAUAUGGACAAGGACGACACAAUCUUGGGUUACGAACGGGGCGACUUUCCGUGUAUAUCGUACACGAUGGCCUUAGGGCUGGGCCAAAACUGGAAACGAGUGCGAAGAGUGAUCCAUAUGGGCCGCGGGGAUCCGUCGUGUAUCAACCAGAUGAUUGGACGUUGUGGACGUGAUGGCAAGCCAGGAUUAGCAAUUCUUUUUGUGGAACAAAAGUGCAAAUUUGGCUUGAACACUCCUGAGGCAAUCAAGAAAGCCGACAAACAUAAAAACGAUACACGAAUGGAUGCCCUUGCCAUCACACCAGUCUGCCUCCGGAUAGCUUUUUCAAUUGAUAACAAUCAAACUUUGAUGCAAUACUGA